AUGUCUUGUCCCCGCCAGUUGGCGUCCGCAGUUGGCUGUCGCUACCAGGCCGCCGUUGCUACAGGAUCCGCGGUGGCGAUGCUCUUCAUGGCACCUCACCGCAAAUGGCGGUGUUUGGGCAUUGAUUGGUUUGAGGGCGAGUGCUAUGUAUCUCGAAAUGCGAGGACCUGCUCGGAGAGUCACCUGAUGCUGCUCGGCUUCAUUGAAGAGCGGCUAGGGCCAAAGGGCCAUGAGGCUCUGGCGAAAGGAUGUCAGGGAGACAUGUCGAGUGAGGUCGGAGUAAUACAUACUAAUGGAACGUACAUAUGCUUGCGGCUCGGUGUUGGUGUCGAUGUCCACCCGCCGUCGAUGUGCACCAUUGCGUACUUCAUCAUUCACAUGAUGAUAACCUCGAUGUUUGUUGAGAUGGAAAGAUCGGCGCUGUCCAUAGAAAAAUAG